AUUAUUUGGGCGUUUACCUUUUAUGAGUGCAAGCUAAUUUUAACGAGUAUAUGGUUUUCUGCUAAACUUAAACAUAGAUCAAGAUGUUUGUGUGUUACCUCUGUUAAGAAGUGAUGUAACAGUGAGAUAUCAUAUCACCAGAGAAAUUAAUUGUUCAGGUAGCGAACACGAAGAUAAAAGAACGGAACAACCACGCGAAGAGAUGGAACAAACAGAAGAUGAAUCAGGAGAAAAACAAAAUACGAACCCUAAUUCGUCACAAGAGGAAAACAGUUCUUACGUGAAAAAGUCAACAAAGCGCCCACUGGAGACAUACGAAAAACUUUCUGGCACUAUAGAUCAAGGAAGAGACUACGAACAAAUAAUGUGUGCGUUCUACGCUUUGAAAUUAAUUGUUUCUCAGGAUGUGAAAGAUUUUAAAAUGACAACAAACAACAAGAGGUAUGGAACAUUUAAUGAUAUUGCUAUUGAAGUUGAAUUUAAAAACGGAACAACACGCACUUUUCUCUUCGAACUGAAACAUAAAGAAGCUGCAAAAUGUGUCAGAAAAACGGAUUUGCGUGCAGGAAAACGUGACUUCGACAUUGAAAAGCAUUUUAAAUCCCUCUCAGACGUAAUAGUUAAAGAUGAUGUGGUUUGUAUUCUAUAUACAAAUUCUCCUAUAGAUUUUAAGAACAAGACCUCCAUAGAAAUAGGAGAGAACUUACGUUUAGACAAGUGUGAUAAUGUCGAAUAUAAAAACUUGCUGAUAAACACAGAUUCUAGAGAAGAACAUAAUAUUUUCCAACUUAUGGAUCAAUUCGGCAACAAACUUAGAUUUUACUUUUUUUCUGGACAAGAUAACUUAGAACAAACCGAGUCACACGUGCAACAAAUACUGCAGCACUUGGUGCAAUGUGAAAUUUAUAAAGUCUUUAAACAUUUUAUGAGAGAAUGGUGGUCAAACGAUUAUGUCUUAAGCAGAGACGAUGUCAUUGCAACACUAACACGGUUAUCCCUUUCACCUUAUAUCAAAUGUGUAAGUGACAAUAAAAAAAAUCAUAAAACAGGAUACCUUGCAGAAGCAAUAAUGAAUUUUUCUGUAACGAUUGUAGACAAAACCGACGAAAAUAUUAUCGAUCACAUUUGGUCGAAUGAAGCCAUUACACAAGACGAAAUCAAUGAAGUGACGAAAAAAUUCGAACUAGAAGCUACCGACCUCGCCAAAAUUUUGUGGUAUUUAAACAAGGCUCCUUUGAUUGUGAAAGUCAAAGAUGCAAAUAAAACGAUAAUCAAGACGGCAGUGAAUCUUAUGAACAGAGCUACUAACAGCAAGAAAAUUAUUUUGGUGGGAAAUAUCACCAGAAGUGAAUUCGCUGAAGCAGAAGUUUUCCAAGAUUUGUCAGAUUUGAUAAAAAACUUCGGAACCACAGAGUACUGCUGCAAUCUCCUACACAGUUUGGAGAUUUCCAUACAAGAAAAAAAAAUAAUUUGUUUGAAAGAGUUUAUAAAUAUCGAUGGAGAACUUUCAAAAGUUUUUGGAGUUGCCGAUUUGUUGAAAAUGUCGCAAAAAAACUUAAAUGUAGGUAAUAGAGAGGAAUUACCUAAUCCCCAUGUACCAAGAAGUGUUUCAACCAUUUUUGUCAAGACUCAGGACAUCCCGGAUAUUUAUAAAUCACAAAAUAAUCAAACAUUGAUAAUCAUUAAUUGUGAUAAAACAUUUAAGGAUACAUUCUCAAAAUAUAACAAAUUCAAUUGUGUUGAAAUAUCCGACUAUCUAGCGAAAAAAUCUAAUGAAGAUAAAGAUAUUAUGAUCCUAUCAACAGAAAAACAAUGCACAAUUGAUCAAUUCACCCGUAUUUGCGAAAAAUCUAAAAAAUUGAAUGUAUAUCUGUUUCAGACAUUUGAUGACAAAUUUUCUGUCCUUCGGUUACAAAAGGCGAAUCACUUGUUACCCAUGUUUAUAGACCAAUCAACGACUAUAGUACAAAAUGAUAUCUCAAGACAUUUUAAUAAUUCAGUCAAUGCAAUUUGUGCUCCAACAGGCAUGGGUAAAUCAACACUGAUGAAAUUUCUUUGCAACACAUGUCCUUCAAAUGAUUGGGGAAGUUACGUUAAUCUAAGGAAAUGCAAUUCAUUCUUUUCAAAAAAUCCGGACUUUGAAACAAUCUUGCAUUAUUUUCUGAGAAAUGAAAAUUCCAAAGAAAAAACGACUGAAGAGCAAAUCAAGACCAUUUUGUGCCAACAUAAAAAGAUACAUUUAUAUCUUGAUGGUUUAAACGAAGUUAAUAAUUCUUACUUAAAUAUUAUCCUGGAUUUCGUAAAAGAGGCAUCAUCAAGAGGAAUCGGCGUAUGGAUUUCAUCAAGAGAUAAUUUACACGAAAUAUUAUCAAAAACAUUAAAUAUAGUUCCAAUCAAAAUGCACGGACUAAGUCAAGAAGAACAGAAAAUAUAUAUGCAUGAAAAACUUGUAAGAAAAUAUAGAGAAGAACAAAUACAGAAAAUAUUUGAUGCAAUAUUUACAAGUGUAGCCGUUAACAGUUACCAAGAAUUAUUAGGAAAUCCCCUACUGUUACAAGUCAUUACAGAAAAGCUUUUUGAUAAUGAUGAUAUUUACCAAAGCAUCGAAGAAAAAAAUAUUUUCGUUCCAACAGAAAUGUAUCACUUGUUUUUGAUUGGAAAAAUAACAUAUACUCUUAAUAAAAUAGCAAGUAAAGAAACCUUAGGUCAAUUUGAAGAUAUCCCCUCAGCAUGCUUGGAACAAUACGAGGUUUCCGCUUUAAAAUCAAGUUUGGAUGUAAAGGAUUUCGAAAAUUUAAAGCUGAAUUCUCAAAAAUUUGAAGAUUUUAUGAACAAAAUAAAAACAGAUGGCGAUAAGUAUGGAAUAAUCAAGAAAAUAAGUAAAAACGGUAACCCGAUAUUUGAGCACUCUAUUUGUGCAGAAUACCUGACCUGUGUUUGGCUGGAAAAGCACAAAGAUGAGACUUUGUUAAAACAAGUUAUGUUUACUGAAAGAUACAAAAAUUUACGAGUUAUUUUUGAUAUAUUACUGGCGGAGAACAACCCGUUACAUUUAUCUAUUAUUUACAAGAAUCGGGAGCAGUUUGAAAAACACAAAGACGAAAUGAACAGGACAGAUCGAGCUGGGCGAACGUCGAUGCAUCUUAUAUCCACAUAUGGAACAAAAUAUCCGGACAAUACUAUGCGCAUCCACAAUCGAGAGCUUUCUUGGUAUAUAACAAUGGUAAAAACACUGGUACAGAACUGCACCAGCAUUGACAGCAAAGAUAACCUAAUUAGGUACACUUGUCUAGAUUAUUCUCUUGAAACGAAAUGUUUGUAUACCAUAGAAGUCAUUUUAGAAACAAAGAAAGCAAAUUUUAACGAUAUCAAGGAAAAGAUUUUCAAAUAUUACAAAGUAGAAACGCUCGCGUACUACGCAGCACGAAUAGGAUAUCCCAAUUUGUUUUCUGCUCUAAUUGCUGAAAAACCACAACUUAUGGAUCGAAAAAUACGCGUUCAAAAUUUGCUGCUAACGGCAGUUAAUGGAAUACGGAACGAUUGCAUUAUGCCACCCAGAGAAGGAAAUAUUGCGGUUGUAGAUAUUUUAUUAAGAAAGAUUUUCGACACAAACAACGUCCCAGAUUAUUAUUAUUAUGAGGCUGAUGGUUGUUCUAUUGUUGAUAUAGCAUGUAAAAACCGUAAAUACGACAUGUUAAAAGUAUUGCACAAAAACGGAGCAGCGUGUACCAGAGGCAGAACUGUAUGGCAUGAACUAGCAGAGAAAAUAAACCCUAAUGAAGCUGAAUUAGAGUUAUUAGGAAAUAUGGACAUUGCUGUAGACAUAAACAAAAAGUGCAGUAAGGGAUUAGCUGCGUUACACGUUGCAAGCCAAUUCGGUUCGCUAGGAAUAGUAAAAAUACUAUUAAGAAAAGAAGCCGAUUUAUACGUUACCGACGAAGAAGGCAACACCGCUCUGCAUUAUGCAUCAAUGUCAUCGGAAGACAAUCGCGAUGUAAUGAAAUUGUUGCUCGAAAAGGGCAUCGACAUAAAUGCUCAAAAUAAAAAUGGAACAACCGCUUUGCAAACUGCUUGCCGAAACAGUAAUUAUGACCUUACAGUCACGUUGUUAGAUUCUGGUGCAUCGAUUAAUAUUAAGGAUAAAGAUAACAAAAAUGCGUUGCAUUAUGCAUCAGAAUUUUGGCGAGAAAAUCAAGAUGUAAUCAAAUUAUUGAUUAAGAGAGGCUUAGACAUAAAUGCAGAAAGUAACAAAGGAGAGACUGGUUUACAACUUGCUUGUCUAAACUGUGAUUCGGAAAUUGCAGAAAUGUUUCUAAAGCUCGGCGCUUCCCUUCAGUCUACAGGCAAAGAAAUGAACAACGCGCUGCAUUCUGCGUCUGCAUCACAGGAAGAGAAUGGAGAUAUAAUAAAGCUGCUGCUUAAAGACGGCAUUGACGUAAAUGCCCAAAAUAAAAAUGGAACGACCGCUUUACAAGUUGCAUGUGUGGAAGGUGUUUACGAAAAUGCAAAAAUAUUGUUAGAUUUCGGAGCUUCUGUUGACAGUAAGGACAAAGACAACAAUAACGCGUUGCAUUAUGCAUCAGAAUCACAGCAAAACAAUCGAGACAUAAUGCAAUUAUUAAUUAGCAAACGCAUCGACGUAAAUGUUCAAAAUAAAACUGGACAGACAGCUUUACAACUUGCAUGUCUGAAGGGAGUUUUCGAAAAUGUAAAAAUAUUGUUACAUUUCGGGGCUUCGGUUAACAGUACGGACGAAGACAACAAUAACGCAUUGCAUUAUGCAUCAAAAUCAAAGCAAGUCAAUGGAGACGUAAUAAAAAUAUUGAGUGAAAGAGGCAUCGACGUAAAUGCUAAAAAUAAAAAUGGAACGACUGCUUUACAACUUGCAUGUCUCACGGGUGUCUACCAAAAUGCAAAAAUAUUGUUAGACAUCGGGGCUUCUAUUGACAGUACGGACAAAGACAAUAAGAAUGCGUUGCAUUUUGCAUCAGAAUCAACCCAAGUCAAUGAAGAUAUAAUAAAAACAUUGACUGAAAAAGGCAUCGACGUAAAUGCACAAGAUACAAAUGGAACGACUGCUUUCCAACUUGCAUGUAUAAAUGGUGUUUAUGAAAAUGCAAAAACGUUGCUAGAUGUCGGGGCUUCGAUUAACAUUGCAAAUCAUAAAAACAACAACAACAACGCGUUGCAUUAUGCAUCAGAGUCACAACAAAACAAUCGAGACAUAAUAGGAUUAUUAAUUGAGAAUGGCAUCGACGUAAAUGCUCAAAACGAAAAUGGAACGACCGCUUUACAACUUGCAUGUCUGAAAGGUGUUUACGAAAAUGCUAUAACAUUGUUAGAUUUCGACGCUUCUAUUAACAGAAUGGACAAAGAAGGCAACAACGCGUUGCAUUAUGCAUCAAAAUCGCAGCAAAACAAUCAUGACAUAAUAGAAUUAUUAAGUGAGGAAGGCAUUGACAUAAAUGUUCAAAAUCAAAAUGGAACGACCGCUUUACAAUUUGCUUGUCGAAAGGCAGUUUACGAAAAUGCAGAAAUGUUGUUAUAUUUCGGGGCUUCUAUUAACAGUACAGACAAAGACAAUAAUAACGCUUUACAUUACGCAUCAAGAUCAAAUCAAGUCAACCAAGAUGUAAUAAAAAUAUUGACCGAAAAAGGCGUCGACGUAAAUGCCCAAAAUAAAAAUGGAACAACCGCCCUACAAUUUGCAUGUCUGAGCGGUGUUCAUGAAAAUGCAGCAACGUUGUUAGAUUUCGAGGCUUCUAUUAACAUUACCGACAAAGAAAACAAGAACGCGUUGCAUUAUACAUCAGAAUCAAAGCAAGUCAAUCGAGAUAUAAUAAAAAUAUUGACUGAAAGAGGUAUCAACGUAAAUGCGCAAAAUAAAAGCGGAACGACCGCUUUACAACUUGCGUGUCUGAAGGCCGUUCACGAAAAUGUACAAACUUUGUUAGAUUUUGAGGCUUCUAUUAACAGUACGGACAAAAACAACAAAAAUGCGUUGCAUUAUGCGUCAGAAUCACGGCAAAACAAUCGGGAUAUAAUACAAUUAUUAAUUGACAAAGGCAUCGACGUAAAUAUUCAAAAUAAAAAUGGAACGACCGCUUUAAACCUUGCAUGUCUGACGGGCGUCAACCAAAAUGCAAAAAUAUUGUUAGACAAGGGAGCUUCUAUUGACAGUAUGGACAAAAACAACAAAAAUGCGUUGCAUUAUGCGUCAGAAUCACAGCAAAACAAUCAGGAUAUAAUACAAUUAUUAAUUGGCAAAGGGAUCGACGUAAAUGCCCAAAAUAAAAAUGGGACGACCGCUUUACAACUUGCAUGUCUCACGGGUGUCUACCAAAAUGCAAAAAUAUUGUUAGACAUCGGGGCUUCUAUUAAAAGUACAGACCAAAACAACAAGAAUGCGUUGCAUUAUGCAUCAGAAUCAAAACAAAUCAAUAGAGAUAUAAUAAAAAUAUUGAUCGAAAAAGGCAUGGACGUAAAUGCCCCAAGUAACAAUGGAGAAACCGCUUUACAACUUGCAUGCCUAACCGGUGUUCACGAAAAUGCAGAAACAUUGUUAGAUUUCGGUGCUUUUAUUAACACUACGGACAAAGACAACAAGACCGCGUUGCAUUGUGCAUCAGCAUCAAAACAAGUCAAUCGAGAUGUCAUAAAAUUGUUGUGUGAAGGAGGCAUCGGUGUAAAUGCCCAAAAUAACAAUGAUACAACCGCUUUACAACUUGCAUGUCUGAACGGUGUACAAGAAAAUGCAGAAAUGUUGUUACAUUUCGGGGCUUCUAUUAACAGUACAGACAAAGACAAUAAUAACGCUUUACAUUACGCAUCAAGAUCAAAGCAAGUCAAUCAAGUUGUAAUAAAAAUAUUGACCGAAAAAGACAUCGACUUAAAUGCCCAAAAUAAAAAUGGAACAACCGCUUUACAAAUUGCAUGUCUAACGGGUGUCUGUCAAAAUGCAAAAACUUUGUUAGACAUCGGGGCUUCUAUUAACAGUACGGACCAAAACAACAAGAACGCGUUGCAUUAUGCAUCAGAAUCAAAUCAAGUCAAUCGAGACAUUAUAAAAAUGUUAACUGAAAAGGACAUCGGCUUAAAUGCUCAAAAUAGCAGUGGAACGACCGCCUUACAACUUGCAUGUCUGAAGGGUGUUCAUGAAAAUGCAGAAACGUUGUUAGAUUGCGGGGCUUGUAUUAAUAUUAUGGACAAUGAUAAUAAAAACGCGUUGCAUUAUGCAUCAGCGUCGCAGCAAAACAAUCAAGACAUAAUAAAAAUAUUGACCGAAAGAGGCGUCGACGUAAAUGCCCAAAAUAUAAACGGGGCGACCGCUUUACAACUUGCAUGUUUAAGUGGUGUUUAUGAGAAUGUAAAAACGUUGCUGGAUGUCGGCGCUUCGAUUGACAUUGCAAAUUCCGACAAGAACAAUGCCUUACAUUAUGCAUCAGAGUCACAGCAAAACAAUCGAGAUAUAAUAGGAUUAUUAAUUGAGAAAGGCAUCGACGUAAACGUUCAAAAUAAUUUUGGAACGACCGCUUUACAAGUUGCAUGUCUGCAAGGUGUUUAUGAAAAUGCAAAAAUGUUGUUAGAUUCCAGUGCCUCGGUUAACAUUACCAACAAAGACAACAACCACGUGUUGCAUUAUGCAUCAAGAUCAAGGAAAAACAAUCGAGAUCUGAUCGAAUUAUUAUUGACUCAGGAAAACAUCGACGUGAAUGUUCAGAAUAAACAUGGAAUUACUCCCUUGCAAUUUGCAUGCCUAGAAGGGGUUUAUGAAAACGUAAAAGUUUUAUUAGAUUCCGGCGCUUCCACUGAUAUUAUGGACAAAAACGACAAGAAUGCAUUCCAUUAUGCAUCACAGUCGUUAGGAGACAAUCGAAAUGUAAAAGAAUUAUUAACUGAGAAGAGCACUAACAACCAAGGCAUCCAAGGGGCCAACGAAGGAAAAGAGGAUGACUAAUGCUUUAGAAGUAGCAAUAUGUAGUGUAAUUUUGAGUUGUUGCUACUUUCGUGUUUUAGAAUCGUAACUCUGUCAUCAUCCAAAUAUGGAAGUCUUCUGGACGCAGUUGCAAGAUUGAUUUGAAGGAAUUUUAUAUGGGAGAUUUUGUUAAUGUAGAUUAAUUAGUCACUUAGAUUAGAUUAUAUGUUAGAUAUUAUUGUUGGUUUGUCAUUUUUUAUUUUUUGCAUUCUGUUAUCUUUGUUGAAGAAGUAAUCAUUGUUAUAUUAAUUACCAUUAACUACUUUGGAUUUUUAGUUAAAAAUAUUGCAUUUAAGACCUAACUGCUGAAUAUAUUGUGCUUGAAUAUUAGAGGUUGGAAGAAAAUUAGUUUCUAGGCUAUUAAACGUCAGCUUCUACGUCAGUCUAGGAUUUUGAAUCGAUAACCCACGAUCUGUGAUAUGUGCUCUCUUUCUGUUAUUUAUUUUAGUCAAUAACGUCAACUCAAAUAUUAUGUUAAUUUCGUAAGUUGUAAAUUUGAAAGAAAGGAAAUCUGUUCCUCCCUUUCAAUUAUAAAACCACUGAACAGGCAUCAGUCUGCGCUACGUCAUGUUGUAAAAUUUUUUAUCCAACACAUGCAUAUAAAUCUAUUAUAAUUGUGUUCACUUUAGACAAGUAAUGGGAUAAAUAACUCACUUGUAAGUUCAAAUUAUUGUUACUUUUACAAAGUGUUUUUGUACAUGUGUUGGAUAAAAUUUUAUAUUACACUCUUGUGUUAUGGCUUGAAAUCACUCGAGAAAAUUAGGCAUUCGCUCCAUACAUACAUAACACACUUGUAUAAUAAAUAACUAUAAUUUAAAUUUGUUAUUUUGUUUUUGAAAAGAUGAGAAGGUUUUGCAGCUGGGUAAAUAAGUCUCAUGGAGAUUUAUUUCACAGCUUUUUCCCUUCUCCAGAGAGGAACCAUAGUUUUCGGUGGCCCUUUGACAAAAUUUAAUAAAAGAUGCUCCCUUCAUA